ACGUGAUACUAGUCAAACAGGUUUUCAAAACCAGUUUGAUGGACCUAAGACAGCCGACGUUCCGAUCGAAACGAAACGUGUUUCUAAAUCCUGUAUGAGAAGCUGUAGGACCAUAGGCAAUCGAGAGAUUCAUCGCAUUUUAACAAGUUUUAAAAAAGUCGACGACAUUCAAUGGAAAAAAUCGACGAUUUAAAUCAAAACACUUCGGAUAGUCUUUCUUUUGGAGAGUUCAACUCGUCGGACAAGAACGUAUUCAACAAGAGCUUGAAAAGCAAGUCUCCCGAUGUGGUUACUCUAGGGAGCCUCUACUCCAAGGACGUGCCGAAUGGCUACUUUAUGCCAGAGCGGCCAUCCUCGUUCAAUCCUCGGGCCAAGUUCCGUAAUGACGAGCGGUACACCAUUCAUGACUAUCCACCUUGGCCACUUUUUUUCGCCGAACGGCUCAAGCCUAUUCAGAUUUCCUUYGUCGUUGGCAACGAACUCCCAAUUCUCAUGCGCUACUUCCCUGCGGAAGAACUAAAAACUCAUUGGAAGAAAUGGAUUCCUUUCUUCCCUCUGGCGGACGCCCGUGACUUGGUCACCGAAGACACUGGUGAUAGUAAGUUGAUUACUUACUUUCCAAUUCAGAGCUUGCCCAAAGAAAAACACGCAAACGAUCCUGAUAUGCACCACAAGGUACUCUGUAAAUUAACCAUCCCUGAAAUGGGAGCAGUGACWCCUAAUCAUAUGACAGUGUAUGACUAUCACGUACCCUGUAUGAUCAAGGUCACUCACGGUGUCUCAGGGCGAGGUACCUUCAUGGUCAAGACUAAACAAGAAGCAGAAACACUUAUCAAUAAGUUACGCGACGAGGUCAAGUGCCCAGAGCCGAGUAUCUCUGAAGUCAUUGAAGACAUCACAGGAAAUUACUGUGUCCAGUUUUAUCUUUUUAAAACUGGCGAGAUACAUUGGCUCGGCUGCUCCAGGCAAACCGUUACAGAUGAAUUCGAGUGGGAUGGUGGUUACAUUGACUGGAACAAACAAGACGAGCUGAAAAGAAUGUACUUCAACACGGUUAUGCCUGUCAAGGAAUACCUACAUAAGAAAGGCUAUUUCGGUGUGGUUGGUAUUGAUGUCUUGUCCAACAAGGAGGACAACUAUGUGGUCGAUGUCAAUGCACGAAUUAACGGCAGCACUUCGCUUCUCUUGAUUGCGCCUCACAUGGCCGCUAAAGGCUUCACUUCCUCCGCUMUCCUCAUCAUUCCUGAUGUCAAAGGCAACGAAAGCGAGUUGAUUGAAAAGCUUGACCAAAUCAAUUCCGAAAGCAAUGGAAUCGUCAUUGAUUUGGCAAGCGUCGAAAACCCAGAUGGAAAAUCAUGCGAAGCCCACAUCUGCAUGUUUGCAAAAUCCGAGCAAGGAGUGAAGAACCUCUAUUCUAAAAUAAUUAACCAAUGAACUGACGACUUAUCUGCUUAUUGCGUUGAAUAUAUUACCAGCACACGAUUACUCUUAAACAAAACAUGCAUAUGCAUAAGUAUAUAUAUUUCUUGUUUUUUCUUAUAUUUGAUAAAUUUGCACAUUUUUAAGGUAUUCAGUAAUGGUUUGCAAGCAUUCCCAACAGCGUAAAGAGAUGUGGCGACCAUGUUGUAGGGCAUAAGACCGUUCAUAUUKUGCUUUGCCUAGGCAUAAUUGGUAUUCUCCAACCAGUUGCUGAUCUUGAUAUCCCGAGGAUGAAGCGAGUACCAGACUAGUAACGAAGUAUUACAUGAAAUGCUUUGUUUCGGAGCUAGAUCGUUCAGGUUUUUUCGCUGCGGGCGGCGGUAAUCAAGCAUUGGUCACAAUCAAUCGGCCCGAAUAACGGGAAUAUAAAGGCUUAACUAAGAUAUGUUUAAAAUGAGCAACAAAAACAAAAAAAAAUUGCUAGCUUAUACUGGUCAUUAGGUAAGCUAAGAUAUAACCGUGGAGUCGCCACAAUAAAUAAAUGAGCUUUCUUAUAGAAAAAUUGUAACGGGAAAGACCUUUCUUAUAGAAACRAAUUAAUGUAAUGGGAAACAAUUAGAUUAAAAAAUUAUUCAAACCACCA